AUGGCCGAGAGUACAGUCGACUCUUCCACUACCCACGACAAAGUUAAUAACAAUCACCCACUGGUAAUCAAUCAUAACCAUCGUAUUGCUGGCAAGCUCAAAAAAAGGAAGAGACUGAGUCAAGUUCUGGAUAAGCUUAUUGGAGGAGGUUCAUCACCCUACGAGAGCGAACCUUCACCAGAGAACCCUGCAGUGAUCAACAACAACAACAUUAUAGAGGCCUAUAACCAUAACAACAAAGGUGAUAUCACAAUCGAUAUGGGAAUGCAUGAAAAACAAUACCGGCCUGAGGUAUUUAAGUUUGAUAUUCCCGAUAGGGAAAGGUAUAAAACGAUUAGUGAAGACGAAGAUGUUUUUAGUCCUGCGAGUUCAAGUAAUAAGUCCCCUCAUAGCUCAACCGAUUCUCCUCAGAUUCGAUUUAGUCCACUGAGAAUUAAAGAUGAUACGAGUCCGAGUCCACCUUUGCUUCAACGAACAGCAGCGUGUCCGUGUUAUCAAUGUAUUACGGGAGUCGUUCUAGGCCACCAUCCAUCUCCUCUUCAUCCCUACGAUAGAUUUUUUCCCGCAUCACCCAUUUCACCUUUGACACCGUCGUCACCAGCGCCUACAUAUAGCUUUGAGCGAUAUUUGCAUUCAAAGUACCUGCCUGAUAUUUUUCGUAAAAGAAGCCAUUCAGAUUCUGACUUGCCUAUAUGGUUUGAAGCCGCUAAAGCUGAUAGAGCUAGGGCCCCCCCUUCUUGGCCUCAUCCACUUACUUUAUCUACUGGAUGCGGUAAUUUUAUUCACAACCUUUCUAUAGGUUGA